UAGGCAGCCAGUCAGAGAGGAGAAGCUGACCUUGUGAUACGGACGUCAGCUGGGGCCCAAAUUUGCUGCUGCCUCCGGGGCGUUUGUAGUUGACUGAGACCCGUGGAAGGUUAUCGGGCUUUGGAGCUGUUGUCGCAAUGGUCUGCAUUCCUUGCAUAGUCAUUCCAGUCUUGUUGUGGGUUUACAAGAAGUUCUUGGAGCCUAUCUUGUAUCCUUUCAUUUCUCCAUUUAUCUCCCGUCUAUGGUCUAAGCGAGUGGUGAAAGAGGAAAUCGCUACACCAAAAACUGGAGCUUGUAAUGGAACAGUACAGUCUGAAUAUGCAGCUAUGAAUGGGGAAUGGAAUUGCAUUGACAAAGCUACAAAUGACAUCACCACAGAAGGACCAGCAGAUGUUUCAGACAAAAAGACUGAUUAAGACCUCAAGCAAGAAAUGACCUUGCAUGCUAUGUCCUGAAAGUAGUAUUUUAAAUGAAAUGGAUGUAGAUUUAUUAACCAUUUGAAAUUUAGUGUCCAAUAAUAUCUUGUCACUCUUUUUGUAUUGCACUGUAUAAUGCUGUUUAGUGGUUUUCUUUAAUGCUGUGAUAUGAUUCCCAUUUCUGUGAUGGACAAAUUAUUCCAUUUGAAUUUCAUGAUAUUUAAAUUCUUUGAUAGAGGAGUUAUUGUGUUAAUGCAUAUAUUCCUUAGCUGACACCGUAGAUGACAAAAAGGGAAAUAUAUUCUGGUUAAAUCAGAGGAAAAAGCAAGCUCACCUUGUAUCCACUGUUGACAGCAAACCAAGACAAGUGAACCAGUAGAUCUUUGCUUCAAUCCCCUGCUCGCUGCUGAUUUAAGGAAAUGUAGUUGACUUUGCCCCUCGGAAUGAUGUAUCAUCUUUAACAUAGUGAAAUAUCCUAAGGUGAUCAAAGACUAAUCUUGAUGAUUUGAGCGAGGAACAAUCUACCUACCUGCUUAUUUGUAUCCCAUUGCCUGUUAUAAUUAAUUACAUGAGUAAAGGUGAAAGGUUUCAGUGAACCACCAUCAUAUCUGCAUGGAUUAUGAGAGGGUAGGAUUAACUUUGUCAUUGGCAUUUGAGUAACUUUCAGAUUGAUAUAUUUUAUCAAGUUAGUGAAGGAUAUGUGGUUGGCUAGAAUCACAGCUGAUGGAUUGUUUAUAGCUCCAAAAAAUGCCAUCAAAGGAGCUACUGAAUGGUAUUUCCAAAUGAGGAAAUGUGCGGGGUGCUGCUCUUGAGACUAUGUUAGGAGAGUCAUUGUUGUAAAAAAAUUUUUUUUUAAAAAUUCUUAUAGCCCAUAGUAGCAUUAAGCUAUGUUCACAGUAAUAUUUGAGAUUUAGUACCUGCCCUAUAAUAAUUUUAGCUGAAGAAGAAAUUAAACUGAUACAAGUAAUCUCCCUGAGCAGGGACAAAUAGCUGAGAAUUUCCCUUCUGCUGUCUAUUAUCAGUCACAAAUGGACUUUAAUUUGAGUGUUUUUCAAAGGUAACUAGUUUGACACUCUGUGCAUGAAGAAUGGCAAAAUAAAAACUUAAAUGCAGGGGGUAAUACUUUCAGAGGGGAAAUGAUCAGACUUUGGUAGUAUAGCUGCCAGCUAGACUUGCAGACCAUGUUGUGCUGUAUAUAAACAAAAUUCUCAAUCCGCAAUGAAGUUCAAGAGAAAACUACAUUUUUCUUUUUGAUCGAAAAUAGUUUUGUCAAUGUCCUAUCCCACCAUCUCCUUUUAGAUCACCUCCAUCAGUACACUUGCAACAGCUAAGAGCUGGGAGAAUGACCUAAAAAUGUCCCUUUUGCUGAGCAGCAUACUGCAGUGGGUUGAAACAUGUUAGGCUUGCUUCUGAGGUAUAGAAGUAGCUGUUCUUCAUCAUUUUUCAGGGUCCAUUUAAUGUGAUAAUACUACUUUAUAAAUUUCACUUCCCCCAUGUUUUAUCGCUAGUGUUGUCAAGGACCUAAAGUGCUUGUCCCAGUCUUGCAUACCAGUUGUGGAGCAGUCUUGGGAAAAUUCUGGCAUUAACAGUUCACCUCAAAAUGAUGCAGGAGACUGAAAGAAGGAGGGAUGGAAAUUAAUUCUAUUGCAUACUGUUUGUAAUGCAAGUAUAAUUUGAGGGAACAAUGGUUAAAAUUGGUGCAAAAAUAAUUUGAAAAUAUUUUCACAAAAUAAAAGUUGUACAUGAUUUUCUUUUUAA